GUUUUGAUUCAAGACCACACGACACACCACCCGGCCCUGAUAGCAACAUACAGUCCAAAUAUAUAUAUAUGAUAAUCCCAUCCGGCCCUCUGAGUCGCCGGAUUUCCACUUUUAUAAUAUAUAGGUCGCUCCUCACACUUCUCGACCGGUUUCGAGCUUCCCAAACUCCACUCACUGUCAUAAUCGAUGUCUCACACCUCUCCCGCAAGCCUAUUGGUAUGGGCGAUCCUUUCGUGCUUGUUGCUCACCUUCCUGGUGUAUCACCUAUGGUCCUUCGACAGGUUCCAGUGUUUAAAAUGGAGUAAUAAUGGGGCUCAUUCCGGAGCAUUCAAGCGGAUCAUGACCUAUUCGUAUCUUCUCAGUGUGCCCUUGAUAACGACUUACGCGGUCGGCUUUGCGGUGAUCAAGUAUCAAGAGGGGUUUAUCGACAUACCCUUCUUCGGAAUCAUACCCAAACCAUACCCGUUGUGGAAACAGUCAUCUCAAGAUGCUAUUUUCCCGUUCACGCUACUAUUCUCUCUGUCAUGGGCGCUGGAACUGGUAACGCAUCUCGAGGAACUGUGUUUUUGGUAUUUCCUCGUGAACGCUGGAUCCAACUCACAAGAAUGGUUCAAAUCCUUGUACUUCCGUGUUUGGGUCGUCGGAUCAUGUAUUGCUUUGCUUUACAUGCCUUUGCUGACCAUUUUUACGCGUCACGUCCCUUUAAGGAGUGAAGCGUAUACGUUCUUGGCAGGGAGUUUAGGGAGUUUAUCACUCACCAUCGCUUUCCUACCCGUAUUGUCUAUAUUCCCUCGCUUCCUCCUCAGCCUAAAAUCGGAAGGGGUUGAUGUUACCACGAUAGUUCGACUAACCAAAUUCCACGAAUUGAAUACCAUACGUGUUGUCUUCCGUUUCUUGUUCACGGUACCCUUCGUCAUUCUUGGAAUUGACGGUUCCCGACCACAUCAACACAUUAACGAGAGUAUGCUCUGGACAGACUUACUGACCAUGAUUGGUGCACUUGGCUGUAUAGUCUCUUCUGGAAUAACAUUGACUAUCUUCUUCCCCCGCUCGGUGGAGGGAGAAAUUGCUUCGAAAGAAGCACGAAAAUCAAGAUCAACUCAUUCGCACACGUGGUCAGAUACAGAUAGUAUCCCUCCUGAAAACAACCACAGUGAUCAGUAUCUUGUCGACAGACACCGGUCAUGGCACAAGUACCAUGCGGACCAUUAUGAGCCAUCAAUAUCAAUCCCAGAAGUUUCUCCUAGUCAAUCCUUCCCGCCGAUGAUGGAGAUGACAGAAGAUUCCUACAGUUCCAAAGUUAGGAAUCACCAGCAACCGAUACGCCCUAAUCGACGUAUAGGUGAAGAUGUGGAGCUCGGUGGAAUAGGUGUUGGCAGCCUCCCCUUCGCAAUACAGAAGACGAGCUCAAGAGCUACUUUCACCACGAUCAAUCCCGCAGUAUAUCAGUUUAGGUCUCCGAUAGAUGUUGCCUCUUACCGGAACCCCAUAAAUCAGAGCACGUCGCGGCUAACGUUCGCUCGUCCAUGAUAUGGACUUGUGGAUGAAUUUGUACGAUUCAUCUGUAUCAUAUUAUCCCUGUGUAUACAGGUCUUCCCAUUCAUUAUUUUUUAUUACUAUUCACCGAAUUCGAGAGUGAUUUACCUUGAUUC